AUGUGGCAUAGAGGAGUACUAACUUUAUUAUGUAAUUCAUGCAGAUAUGUUAUACGUAAAUGGCAUAUUCCCUUGUUAGGAAUUGAUUGUAAUGCUAACCCUAGGCAUAAACAAGUAUUAUCAAAUCCUUCUCCAAGAUCUAGAGGAAUUCCGAAAUACUUGGAAAAAUAUAUUUUUUACAAACAGUCUGUUAGAAAUCCCAAAUAUAAAUCUCAAUUUAUUACUAUGUACACAGCAGGAAGAAAAUAUAGACAACAAAUUAAAAAAACUGCAUAA